GCAGUGAUAGGAACUGACAGGGUCGAGGAUAGAAAGUAACGGAGAGAGGCAAAACAAAAGAGUGAGAGAGACGGGGAAGUGGAAAGCUUUGUCUCUCUAUUGGCCACUGGAUUUGGGGCUGGCUUGAGGCGCAUCAUGGUCCCACUUUGGAUGGGGUUGUCCUGCUUACUGCUGACCGUUUCUGGGAGAGAAGGAAGAGUUUAUAAUGGGAGGAAGAAGCCGCCAACUCUGACAGCACCGAGGAUCCGCUCUGGCCCUCAUGUUUGUUUCUCAGGGAUGGGGGGAUGUUGCCCCGGUUGGACAGUUUCUCCUGGCACCGGGCAGUGCCUCCAACCUGUCUGCUCAUACGGCUGUGGCAGCGGAUUCUGUAUCGCUCCCAACUUGUGUUCCUGCAGAGAUGGGUACCAAGGAGUUACCUGUACAGAUGAAUUCGCCGGUGAUUAUGAGAAGGAUCUUGAGGACAAAGGACUUUCUCUUAGCUGUUCGUCUGCCAGGUGUGACCAAGGCUGUAGAAUGGUAAACAGUUUGCCCGUAUGCAGCUGCUUCCAUGGCUUCUUUCUCGGGAAAGAUGGUAAAAGCUGUUAUGAUAUCGAUGAGUGUUCCCGGCCGCAAGCGUCAAAUCCCUGCCAGCAACAAUGUAAAAACAGCAUUGGUAGUUACAGAUGCCUUUGUGUUUAUGGAUAUCAGAUCUCCCUGAAUGGACGAUCAUGCAUUCCCAAUAAGCAUCCCAACACUAUCGGAACAGCUACCGUUCCAUGUGGAGAGUACGGCUGCGAAUUAAAAUGUAACGACGGUGGCUGUGAACACGUAUCGCGUGUGUGUCCUAUAGGAUUCAGCAUGAUCGAGACGGCCGGUGGUGUCACGUGCACAGAUAUAAAUGAGUGUGUAUCGUCAUCUUGCGAGGGAACCUGCAUCAAUACAGAAGGAGGAUUUACGUGUGACUGUGGGCCAGGUCUGAAGCUGUCGGCUGAUGGAAGCAGCUGCUACGACGUAGAUGAAUGCUCAGCCCACAGAUCUCCGUGUCAACAGAGGUGCAAGAACCUCUACGGCAGCUACAGGUGCUUGUGCAGGGCAGGAUUCGCCCUCCAUAGCAAUGGGCACACCUGCGCAGAUAUCAACGAAUGCCGAAGGCCAGCGACGUCCCAUCUUUGCCAACAUUCCUGCCACAACACCCACGGGAGCUUCUUUUGUUCGUGUCGAGAGGGCUUUCGCAUCGGCUCUGACAAAUUUUCAUGUAUUGAUAUAGAUGAGUGUCUGGAGAACACCACAUUGUGCUCUUUGGGACUUUGUAUGAAUACACUGGGAUCCUACCUCUGCUCCUGCCCACCAGGGUUUCAACCCAUUGAUGGCGUUUGCAAAGAAGCGCGGUCUACUAGCCUUCCUCAGGACACAGAAACAAUGCACGGUGGCCGGAUGCCACCCAAGCCAACACUACUUGGCUCUCAGAGACCGGCCACCACCACCAUCACACCUCCGACUGUGCUGAUCCACUCCUUCAUCUCACAUGAACUUCUGAAACCAACGGCUACCUCAGUAUCGCACAGAACGAUGACAGACGAGAACCCUUUACCUCCUCCGCAGCACCUCAGAACAGGUCACUCUCCAUUAGCCCAAAAAGCCUCAGGGAUUUCCCACAUGAUGAUGAAGGAAGACAUGAUCAUGAAACCCGGCACCACCCCACCGCAGCACACCGAUAUCCCUUGUUGGUAUAACAAGGAAUUAAAACUGAAUGGCAGCUCCUGGGCAGAGCCGGAAUGCUUAGACUGCACGUGCCUGGAAGGGACCAUAUCCUGUCAGAAAAGAAUAUGCAGCCCCAACUGUUCACACCCGGUCUUGCACCCCGAUAGCUGCUGUCUGUCCUGUGAUGGUUGCCUGUUUGAGGGAAAACUCAGAGCCGACGGUGAACUCUUUCCUAAACCCCCAGAUAACUGCACCAUUUGUAUCUGCUUGAGUGGGAAUGUCACAUGUAUUCCCCCCGUGUGUCCUCCUGUCACGUGCACUGAUCCCUAUAUGUCUGACUGCUGCUUGCAAUGCCCAGACGGGUGUGAGUCCCAAGGAAGGAUUUACCCGCACGGUGCCAAAUUUAGUCGAGAUGACAGCGGCUGUACCUCCUGUUUGUGUCAGAAUGGUUCCGUUGAAUGUUCGUUUGUCCCCUGUCCCAGUUUAGACUGUCCAAGAGAGGACUGGGUGCUGGAGGCAGGAGAGUGUUGUUUUAAAUGCCAGGAGCCCCGACAGCAUACGGGGUGCCCAUUUGAUGACAAUGGACUGGAAAUUCCCAUCGGUCAGAUCUGGUCUCCUGGGGACCCCUGUGCCAUCUGCAUUUGCCAGGCAGACAGCUCCAUUGUAUGCAGGAAAACAGACUGUGUGGACACCUGUCCGCAUCCCAUCACAGUGCCCGGGCAGUGCUGUCCUGACUGCUCAGCAGGUUGCUCGUACGGUAGAAGGACGUUCAGGAACAACGACAGCUUCCCGUCUGCCACGGAUCCCUGUCUAACGUGCAUCUGCCUGAUGGGCACUGUGGCCUGUUCUCCCAUUGAGUGCGUAUUCAGCUGCUCGUAUCCGUUCCAUGAUGAAGGGGAGUGUUGCCCCGUGUGUCGAGACUGCACCUACGACGGCAGGAAGGUGCUCAACGGACAGACGUUUCCACUGGAAAGCGAGCCCUGCACUCAAUGCACAUGUCAGAAUGGUGAGGUCCAAUGUGAAGCCAUCAUCUGCCCAGCUUCCUGCUCGCAUCCCUAUGUCUUCCCUGGAGAAUGUUGCUCUACCUGUGAAGAGUGCGUUUUUGAAGGACAUAUGGUGGAGAAUGGGGCUUCCUUCAUACAAAAGAUUGACCCAUGCGUCGUUUGUCAUUGUUCUGGUGGAAAUGUGCGCUGCGAAGAGAGAGACGGUCCCUGUACCCUAUGUGAGCAGAAUACUCAGGACUGUACGCAUGAAGUUCAAGAUGCCUUACAAAAUAAUCACUUACAAUACCCCGGACCCCUGACGCUAGGAAGCGGUGUGACCCCCUCCCAACCCAGCCGACUCGCUAUGUUCCAAAAGUUGCUUUCAAGAAGGAACACAAAUAAUGCUUCAACAGCUCCAACUGGAACAAAAGCCCCCGGGGGCACGGUCCCUCGGUCCACUGGAUACAGAGCUCAAAGCAGUUCUCAUGCAACGAAACAUAUAACACCCACAGCUGGAUCACUAUCUUUCAGCUCAUCUAAAACCAACGCACAGUAUACACAGGCUCUGGAACCUGAUUUUAAUAGGAAAACAAGGCAUUCUGUUUUACCUGGCAGCUCCUUGCAUACAUCUUCUAUGAGUUUGAAACUUCAGUAUGUUCCCACCUCCCCUUCAGUCCCAUCUGAUGUGGCAAGUAGACCUCUGCCACCUAUAGCCACUACUGGGCAACCAUUGCCCCUGACCAGUCAGUCUACCCCCUACUUAAGACCUUAUAUUGUAUCUCAUUCCAAUGUAGCUGUUAAGGAACUUGUUCAUCCCUAUUCUAAUACCGUAGGUCCCACUUCUACAACCGCAUCUCCGGCUCAUUCAACACCUUCAUCAGCACAUGUCUCCAAGGCCUCUCUUAACCCCUUACAUGUAAUGGGUUCUACUCCUACACAAGCGAGUCUUCAUGUGUCCUCUCCAAGCCCCAAACUGCAUUCUCCUAGAAAUUCUGCCCCUACUCACGGGCUGGAAGGAACCACAGGUUCUAUGAUAGCACAAACGAAAGACAAAGAGAUAACAAGACCAGACGUGGAAUCCGGAGAUAUUACAGGGUGCUUUUUAUACAGCCACGCGUUCCUCAACGGCUCGGUCUUCAUCGCAGAUGUGGACCACUGCCUGCAGUGUGAAUGUUUGAAAGGAGAGCUCUAUUGCAAAACUGAGGGACGUUUUCCCACGGGUUUGUGCUGCCGGCAUUGUUUUAAUCCUGCCAAGUAUUUGUGCAACAAAGAAACUAAUCAGAUCCAUUCACAGUGGGAUGAAGGCCAAAAACUCUGCAAGUGCAAGGAGGUCAUACUUCAUUGUCAAACCUGCGCAACCACACAGGGCUGCAACAGUGAGAGGACGUCACAAAGCUCUGAGGCAGAACAAGCUGAUAAAAACUACGUGCACUGGGUUCCACUUAUAUUCGGAGAAGGGUCAGACGUCAAGGGAGUGAAUAACAGCCCAUGAGGCUACCAUUAUCCUAAGCAGCGGCAUGAAGGAGACUUCAUGCAUCUGGAUUUUCUUCAGUGCCUCUUCA